AGUUAUUAGUAGUUUGCUCUGAGUUCAGGGUUCUGGGUUGUUGUACCGAACCGGUGCAUAAGGGCUUAAAUUUUCACGACAUGCCGCGUAAACUUGACUGCACCUUGGAAUCUGAACAACAGCCCUCAAAAUUGCACAGACACCAAUCCCCCAUUAAAUGCCAAAGGGCCUUUCAAGACCUAGCAAGAGCUCUGGUACACACAUACAAGCCCACAAAUUCAAAAAUUGCGCUUGGUGACUCGCUGGUGGUGUGGUGGGAAUACGGCACGGUACAUGUAUGUAGAUACUCGAGUGGGAUUGCCGCUGCUACCUUUGAGUACACUGUACAGUAUCACCGAGCGACCACCUCCAGCAAAACGGACUUUCAUGUUUGAUUCUGAACCAAGCUAGGUGCAGGGAAGAGAGAGCGCAUAAAACAACCAAGAAGCCAAACUCCAAACCCAUUCCUACCCACCGUACACUAGCAACCAUGUACACGAAGGUUCUUUACAACAAACCAAUCUUUGAAGACUUUGAAAGCGAUGCCUUUGACGUGGAAGACGACAAGAACAAUGAAAUCUGUGGAUGGGACAGCCUCACAGGCUGGCUUCUCGAUGACGAAGGAUCUUCCAGUUCGGCCGAAUACGAUCUUAUCAAGGACAGAGAAACCAACAGUGUGAGCCAUGUGGUACGACUCUACAGUGGCGGCGACUAUCCCACCCCCUCGGGUGCCUGGAGUACCACCUUUGAUGUCUCUGCGGAGGAUGAUCGCAACUCGACUUUGAUUCUCGAGUUUGAUUACUACGUUCAGAUGGAUCAAAGAUUCGAUGACGAGACCGAGGGAUCCAUCAAAGUACACGUCGACGAAGCUGCAGUAGGAUUUGAUAAGAAGGGGAAUCCCAUUUAUGGAUGGGACAAGUACAUUACUGUGGCUACAUUUGAUAAGCAUUCCUUUGAGGUGGGAGAAUGGCAGACGGCCCACGUCGAACUCGGAACCUACGCACAAGGCACCCACGAAAUCAAGAUUGGAGGCAGACUGUGUUCACAGCCAGAAGAUUGCAAGAAGAAGUUUGAACUCCAAUUCAACAACAUGAGGAUCUACAGUCUCCCAGGAGCCCAGGAGGACGUUACAAGGCUUGGUACCCACCCAGACUUUUGCAAACUGUAUUGAAGCGUGCCGUACUGUACCGGUACAAGACAAGCAGCUGACGACGACAAUCAGAGGCGGCAGCCAAAAGGACGCCAAGCAAUUUUGAAAGAUCCCUGUAGAUUACGCUAAUCGAUUUAGAAAAGCAUAUUGUAUCACU